AUGCUGGUGGGCGACUCGGGGGUUGGCAAAACCUGCUUGCUGGUGCGGUUCAAAGAUGGCGCUUUCCUCGCCGGCAGCUUCAUCUCCACGGUUGGAAUCGACUUCAGGAAUAAGGUGCUGACGGUGGAUGGGGUGAAGGUGAAGCUGCAGAUCUGGGACACGGCCGGGCAGGAGCGCUUCCGCAGCGUCACCCACGCCUACUACCGGGAUGCCCACGCCCUGCUCCUGCUCUACGAUGUCACCAACAAAGCGUCCUUUGACAACAUCCAGGCUUGGCUGACAGAGAUCCACGAAUAUGCGCAGCAAGACGUGGUCCUCAUGUUACUGGGAAACAAGGUGGAUUCAGCCCAGGACAGAGUGGUGAAAAGGGAAGAUGGAGAAAAAUUAGCCAAGGAGUACGGCGUGCCCUUUAUGGAGACCAGCGCAAAAAGCGGCCUCAAUGUUGAAUUAGCGUUCACAGCCAUUGCAAAGGAACUGAAGCACAGGUCCAUGAAGCUGCCCAACGAGCCCAAAUUCAAGCUCCACGACUAUGUGAAGAAGGAAGUGAGAGGCUCGGGCUGCUGCAGGUCCUAAUGCGCCCGGUGCAUUUGUACAGAGACUCAUGCCAAGUGUUUGUGGCUGUGCUCUCUCCUCGUGGACAGUGUGUGCAUGUCUGUCUGUCGUGUCUGUAUCUGCCUAAAAGGUGAGUGGAGACAGGGGGAAUGGAAGCAGCAGCAGAAAAACCUCGCUCGGCUGGGACGGAUGCUGGCCACACUGCAGCCACAUGCCAGGCACCGCUCCCUGAGCCCCCGUCGCAUCCAUCCGCACCGCAAGCCCUCCAGCUUCCCUGGCCGGUCGCUCCCACCUGGAUCGCAGCCACUUGUCCCCAUGCAGGUGGGAGGUGGGCAUUCAGGAAGGGACUGGUGUGGGCUGGGGUCGCUCCUUCCAGGGCCGGAGCUGGUAGACCCGGCUGUCUCAACCAGUUCAGCAGCAGCCAGGAGCGUUACGAGGCUUCUGUAGUGUUAGUAGGGAUCACGGUGUGACUAAGGGGAACGAGCGCCUUCUCCGCACCAAACAUCCGGGUAGGAAAAAGUCCCGAAUUCCCUUUUCUUUCCCCGUGCAGCUGGAAUUCAGCUUUUCAGACCCCUGGCCUGGGGCACACAGGAAGGACUUGUUUUCGAGGCAACCAUUUUUGUUGUCGCUUACUUAUGUCCGUCCAUCUUCCGAGCGGUGUAACACACGUCCUCGAUGAAGGUUUCUCCUCCUCCCUGCAGAAGACAAGAGCUUAGCCGCCUGUUUGAGCGAGCUCCUGCUAACCUCCCUGGCACACAGCGAUUCCCUGGAUGUGCAUCUGUUCGGUAAAGGCUUCGGUUCUCUUACUACUGCUGUUCCUAGUACUUUAAUUGAGAAGAAAUCGCAGCUUAUUCUAAAUACCUUCAUGUAAGUGUGGUAGCGUUUUUAGACUGCAAGAAUGCUUUGAUAUCUUCAAAGCGUCUUGGGACAGCUCUUUCUGUUAACUGAAGCAAGCUGGGGGGAUGCUGUAGGCAUCGGUUCCGCAGGUUUCAGACUCUGCCAGCUC